AUGAAUAAUCAAAAAGCUGUGGCUGGACUAUUGCAGGAGUGUAAACAAAUUCUGGAUGCAUUCUCAGGGACAUCAGGAAAGGAAGACAAGAGACAGUACGAAGAGUGCCAAGCUUCACUCCCCAGUGAGUUAAGGACCCUAAUCCAAGAGGCCAAGGAAAUGAAGUGGCCCUUCGUGCCAGAGAAGUGGCAGUACAAACAAGCCGUGGGGCCCGAAGACAAAACAAAUCUUCAAGAUGUGAUCGGCGCCAGGCUGCAGGAGUUACUGGAAUACUUGAAAGCCUCCAUCCUGGUCCAGGACUUCUCAACAGCAGCUGCCCUUGUAUUCUUGAUGGACCGGUUCUUAUAUGGGCUUGAUGCCUCUGCCAAACUCCUGCAAGUCGCCAAAAGUCUCCACAAGUUGCAUCCAGCAACCCCAAUAGCCCCACAGGUGGUCAUCCGACAAGCCCGAAUCUCAGUCAACUCAGGAAAACUGUUGAAAGCUGAAUAUAUCCUAAGCAGCCUUAUAAGCAACAAGGGUGCAACAGGCACAUGGCAGUAUGCUAAAGAGAGUGAUAAGAUCCUCGUCCAGUCAGUCUGUAUUCAAAUCAGAGGACAGAUCCUACAGAAGCUAGGAAUGUGGUAUGAAGCUGCAGAGUUAAUUUGGGCUUCAAUCAUAGGGUAUUUGGAACUUCCUCAGCCAGAUAAAAAGGGAAUUGCUACAUCGCUGGGAAUUCUGGCAGACAUCUUUGUUUCCAUGAGCAAAAAAGAUUAUGAAAAAUUUAAAAACAACCCUCAAAUUUCCUUGAACCUUCUCAGGGAGUUCGAUCACCAUUUGCUGUCAGCAGCAGCAGCCUGCAAGCUGGCUGCUGCCUUUAGCCAGUAUACUCCUCUUUUUGUGCUCACAGCUGUGAAUAUCCGAGGCACGUGUUUAUUGUCCUAUAGUAACUCUAGUGACUGCCCUCCAGAAAAGAGAAACUUGUAUUUAACUGAAGCCAAAGAAGCCUUUGAAAUUGGCCUCCUCACUAAAAAAGACAAUGACCUAGUUGCUGGAAAACAGGCACUUCAUAGUUUCAUCAAAGCUGCUUUCUGUCUCACCACAGUCUACCGAAGCCUCUUUGGGGAGACUGAGGCAGUUUGUGUUUCAGAUAAACUUUGUAGAGAAGCAGUGGGGAAAUUGUAUGCUUAUUCCACCUCAACAGGGACUCAAGACAAAGAAAUACUGGCUCAGGAGGUCAUGUCUGCUAUUGAGCAGAUUAAGGAGUUUUUGAAAGUCCAGAGUUUCUACAAUCUGGAUGACAGAUCUUAUGUCCCGGAGAGUUACAAAUCUUGGAUUGAUCAACCCAUUUUGCAUGGGAAAGUUGACUUCAAAGAAGUCCUUGAAAGGCAUUCCCAACACCAUGCUGCAGUGUGUGAAGUAUUUGAAAGUAUGUGCGAGAACCACAGAAAUAGGAGCAAUGCAGUGAAAACGGGAGCUUGUAUCACAGCCUUGAGAACGGAGACAAAAAAUACAGAUACACUUAGUACCAUUGACGACAAAUCGUUAAGUCAGAAAGGCAUUGAAAUACCUUCUUCACAAAAGGCCAGCCAGAAUCACAGGAAACUCCAAGGAAAAGAAAGAAGAAAAUUGCCUCGGUCAGAUGCAGUUUGCUUCUCACUUGAUGAAGGGACAGAAACUGAACCACCAGACCACCUCAAUAAUAGAGAAGGUGAUGUUUCUGGCAACUCUCUGAAUGAAAGCCAGACAUCAAGCUCUUGGAGCAAGAUAUCAGGAUCCAGCCUUUCUUCUAGCUGGGAGCAAGUAGAUAAUCAUGCUGAUGAUGCACCAGUUAGAAGGGAGAUCAUUCAAGAAAAAAGGCUAGUGGACACACAGUGUUCCACAGCCCUGACUGAGGACCUGGAGAACUAUGCUGAAAAUAGUCAUCUCCAUCCAUUGGCUUCAGUGCCUCAUCUUCCCUCUCUCAAAGACUCUAAAGAAGAUUGCUUAGAUGCAUCUCGAAGUCAACAAUGUAAGCAAACUCCCUUGGCUCCCCACGAGGCAACAGACAUGGCCUCAGGCUCUGGUAAAGCAAUCUUAGACAACAGUGAACUAGAAUUAGAAAGUUUCCAGGAAAUCAGAAAUAUGGAAUCCAAAAAUGGCACUCCCCUUUUUGAACACUUGCAGGUAUCUUCUCCUUGUUCCCUUACUUCUAGAAAAUCCAUGGAGAUCAUCUCAUUGUCUUCCCCAGAAGAGUCAGAUUCAUUUGAGAUGAUUGAUGGGUUGCCUGAAGCUGAUGGGAAUCUCAGAGUGAGGAAUGGAGUAAAAAUCACUGAAAGAAACAAAGAACCCAUGUUGAGAGGACCUGCUUCUUGGAUAGAUUUGGAAGGAGAAACCACAGAAAGUAUGGAGCAUGCUUCCUUGGACCAACCUAAAAAUACCAAAGUCUCUUCUGCUUGUUCUAUAGCCAACAAAUCCACUGUGGAUGAUAGUUCUUUCACCUAUCACUGGUCUGGAAAGAAAGUUACCACAGCAGCAAAUGAGCUCACAGAAAAGCAAAUGGUUGAAUCAGAUGCCUCUACAGAGAACAAAGACAUGGAGCUCACUAGUGGCAAGGUGGGUCACUGGGCAAAUGAAAGUGCAUCUCAUAGAGUGAAUGCUUUGGGAGAGCAAACCUGUCAGAUGGUGAAUAAUGUCCAUGGUUCCCGAGCAAAUGAUAGCAGACCCUUCCCCAUCCUUUGUGAUGAUACCACCACAGAGGACCAUGGUGGAAGGAAUCAACUUGGAAACUAUAGGCAGAAUUCUAGUUCCUCCUUAUCAGGGUGGCUCACUUCACCUGACUUCUCCAGUGGUUCGGAGGUGGGAAGCCCCCUCUCAUUUCUGAAUUCUAGUGGAAGCUCUUCUAUGUCUAUACCAGGAAAGAUCAAGCAAGAAGUCCUAGAAGCUCGCACCCUGGAGGACAAUGACUUUGAGAAACUUCUAUCAGGAGUAGGACAUGAUUGGCUAUUCCAGAGACUAGAGAACACUGGAGUUUUUAGACCUAGGGAUCUCCACCAAGCACACAAUGCUCUUCUGUUAAAAUAUUCCAAGAAAUCAGAAUUGUGGACAGCCCAGGAAACUGUUGUAUAUUUUGGUGACUACCUGGUUGUAAAGAAGAAAGGCAAACAGAGGAAUGCCUUUUGGAUACAUCUCCUUCACCAGGAAGAAAUUCUGGGAAGAUAUGUUGGAAAAGAAUAUAAAUCACAAAAAGGACUUUGGCACCAUUUCAUUGAUGUGGAGAGGCAGAUGACUGCCCAAUACUAUGUCACAGAGUUUAACAAAAGACUCUACGAGCAAAAGAUCCCAACACAGAUCUUCUAUAUCCCAUCGACAGUCCUGCUGAUUUUAGAGGGCAAGACAAUUAAAGGAUGUGUCAGUGUGGAGCCUUACAUUCUGGGAGAGUUUGUUAAACUGUCCAAUAAUGCAAAAGUAGUGAAAACAGAGUACAAAGCUACAGAAUAUGGAUUGGCUUAUGGACAUUUUUGUUAUGAGUUUUCCAACCACACAAAUGUUGUGGUUGAUUUGCAAGGUUGGGUGACUGGUAAUGGAAAAGGAGUCAUUUACCUCACAGAUCCCCAGAUUCAUUCUCUUGACCAGAAAAAUGUGACCACUAACUUUGGAAAAAAAGGCAUUUCUUAUUUCUUCAACGAUCAGCAUGUGAAGUGCAAUGAAAUAUGCCAUCGACUUUCUUUGACCAGAUCUUCACUUGAAAAGUUCAGUUAG